AUCAUGUCUGCUGCAAAUUCUGAGGCUGCAAACUCAACCAUUUCCAGAGAGGCCAGCACCCAGUCCUCGUCAGCUACCACCAGCCAAGGCUAUGUAUUACCAGAAGGCAAAAUCAUGCCAAACACAGUUUUUGUUGGUGGAAUUGAUGUUAGGAUGGAUGAAACUGAAAUAAGAAGUUUCUUUGCUAGAUAUGGUUCAGUAAAAGAAGUGAAGAUAAUCACUGAUCGAACUGGUGUGUCCAAAGGCUAUGGCUUUGUAUCAUUUUAUAAUGACGUGGAUGUGCAGAAGAUAAUAGAAUCACAGAUAAAUUUCCAUGGUAAAAAGCUGAAACUGGGCCCUGCAAUCAGGAAACAAAAUUUAUGUGCUUAUCAUGUGCAGCCACGUCCUUUGAUUUUUAAUCCUCCUCCUCCACCACAGUUUCAGAGUGUUUGGAGUAACCCAAACACUGAAACUUACAUGCCACCUCCAACUAUGAUGAAUCCUAUAACUCAGUAUGUUCAGGCAUAUCCUCCUUACCCAAGUUCACCAGUUCAAGUCAUCACUGGAUAUCAACUACCUGUUUAUAAUUAUCAGAUACAACCACAGUGGCCUACUGGGGAACAAAGGAGUUAUGUUAUACCUCCGGCUUAUACAGCUGUUAACUACCACUGUAAUGAAGUUGAUCCAGGAACUGAAGUUAUGGCAAAUGAAUGUUCAGUUCAUGAAGCUACUCCAUCCUCUGGAAAUGGCCCACAAAAGAAAUCUGUAGAUCGAAGCAUACAGACAGUGGUAUCUUGUCUGUUUAAUCCAGAGAACAGACUGAGAAACUCUCUUGUUACUCAAGAUGACUACUUCAAGGAUAAAAGAGUACAUCACUUCAGAAGAAGCCGGGCAGUGCUUAAAUCUGUUUGAUCCUCUCUACUAGCCUUUAGUCUCAGUGAAAGUUACUAGUUUGGGAUAUUAAGAAGAGACUGAAAGGUUUUCACUAGUAGAGAAAUUUAAAUUUUGAUAAAUCACUCAGACUUUCUGUACAAGUUACAUUAGAUUGUCUCGUUUUAUUUUACAUUCAAACUGUUCUUAGAUGUUUAUUUAGAAACUAGUUAUGUGUUUAAUAUAGUUGAGAAAAUAAUUGAAAGUAAAAAA